AUGUCCAUCCCAAAGAACCAAGCUGCAUGGCUCAACAAAGCUGGCUCUCCCCUACAGGUGGGAGAUGCUCCGCUGCCCACAGCUGGCCCAGGAGAAAUCGUCGUCAAAAACGCCGCGAUUGCGAUCAACCCUCUCGACUGUCAUAUGCAGGACGCCGGGGUCUUCGUGCAGCAAUGGCCCGCCAUCUUCGGCUGCGAUAUCGCCGGUGAGGUGUACGAAGUGGGAAAGGAUGUCGAACGCUUCAAGAAAGGAAAUCGUGUAAUUGGACAUACUAUCAAUCUGACGAGUGGGCGCCCCCAGGAUGGCGCAUUCGCUCUGUACACGGUAGUUCCUGCAAACAAAGCCGCCAUACUCCCCGAUGAAAUAUCUUUCACGGAUGGUGUUGUGCUGCCGCUCGUAUUGGAGGCGGCUGUCUGUGCGCUUUCCCUCAAGGAGCCCGGCGUCGCCAUGCCGGGUGUAGCUACACCGGCACUGGGCCUUCCGUACCCCUCGCUGCAAGACUUGCCAUCCUCUGGCAAGACGCUCGUUAUAUAUGGUGGCUCAUCCUCCGUUGGCUCGGUGACGACCCAGCUUGCCACAGCGGCUGGAAUUCACGUCAUCGCCAUUGCUGGAACACACAAUUUCGAAUUCAGCAAGCGGUGUGGUGCAGCUCAAGUAUUUGAUCGCAAUGAUACUUCGCUUGCCGACAAGGUUAGCGACGCAGUUCGAAAGAAUGGUGGCGAGUUCGUUGGCAUCUUUGAUGCUAUAGCUACCCCCGAGACUUACGCUCACGACAUCACCAUUCUUGGCCAGCUGGGUGGAGGACACCUUGCUUGCGUGCACCCUCCUCCUCCUGCUACCGAUCUCCCCGCGAAUGUCAAUGCCGGUAUGAUCUUUGCUGUUAACGAUGUUGCAGCCCCUGUCUGGGAGGAAUGGGUUACGCCUGCGCUGCAGUCUGGAAAGCUCCAGUGCCUCCCACCCCCGUGUGUUGUCGGUAAGGGCUUAGAGCAUAUUCAAACUGCAUUGGAAAAGUCCAAGGCGGGAGUCAGUGCCAUGAAGCUGGUGGUGGAGCUGUAA